UAGCUGUUGUUUGCCUAACUUCCGUUUUCAAUUUCCAUAUGCUAGAAAGAAAUACCAGACGAUGGUAAUCUCCGACAGCUUUAAAAACCCGUCAGAUGUUGUGUUUGUUGUUGAAGGAACUGCAAAUCUUGGUGGAUAUAUUGACGUCUUAAAGGAGAAUUAUAUUAUCCCGACUUUAGAAGUUUUUAAUGGAGGACCAGCAGACCCAACAGAUUAUGGACGUGAUUACAGCUGUACACUUUACAACAUGGUUACGUUCUACAGUGCUGAUAUCAUGCCUGACCCUGCAGCCAGAUGUUCUGAUGUGACAACAAACAUCCAUGAAUUUUUAACAUGGCUUGAUAAUACACCAUUUAUUGGUGGAGGAGGAGAAACAUGUAGUCACAUAGCUGAAGGACUUAGUACAGCUCUUCAUGUUUUUGAUGACUUAGCAAAACUUAGAAAACAGUCUGUUGGAAACCAAGUGUCCAAACAUUGCAUCUUGGUAUGUAAUUCCCCACCUUAUCAGAUGCCUAGUCAAGAAAGUCCAAGAUACUUAGGAUUCACAUGUGAUCAGCUGGCAGGCAUGAUGGCUCAGAGGAGAAUCAAUCUGAGUAUUAUUUCCCCAAGGAAGAUAGCAGCAUUACAGAAGAUGUACGAAGAGUCAAGCAAUCAAGAAAUGCCAAUGAUGUCCAGUAAUAAUUUCACUGUUGAUCCACGACAUCAUAUAUUAUUACAUGGCUAUCAGCUGGAAGAGAGAUCUUUGAGUCCGUCAGUAGAUUCUACCAAAGAUAUUAAAUUAGACCAAAGAUCUGAUGUUUGUCCAUCCCCACCUUUUUCCAUUCCAAAUGCUCCACUCAGUCGUGCCUAUUCACCUUCAAGUACAGUUGUGUUUAGUCCAGCAGAUGGAAAUCAGUCUCAGCCACAGGAUCAAAAUCUCUUCAAAGUUCCCUCUACAGCACCCUCAUCAAAUCCUAACAUGCAGUCUAAUCUCCAAAGCAUGCAGUCAUCACCAUACUCCGCCAAUUCACCAAUCAACCAACCUCCAACAUCACAAUUCCAACAACAACAACAACAGAUUUCAAACUUUGGACAACAGCCAAAUCAGACAACUCAGCUUACAAUUCAAGGUCAACAAAUAGGACAACAUCCAUCACAACAACAACAACAACAACAGCAGAGCCAACAAGCACAACAGCCCCAAAUGUAUGGUCAGGGUCAGAAUCAACAACAACAACAACAACAGUUUCCAAAUCAGUUUGGUGGUUUGGACAACAUGGGACAACAGAACCAGUUCCAUUCCAUGUCUGCAUCUGUUACCAUGCCAACCAGUAUGCAUGUGUCUCAUCCUGGUAUGGCACAGCGUUCCCAGCCUGGUGUAGGUGAUAGUCCAUUUGGUUUUACACAGAACAAAAUGAACAUGGGACAACCAACGUCCACCGUGGGGUUUGGUAGCCCAACCAUGGCUGAUAUCAUGACAACGCCUUCAUCUAAUAUGGCAGGCAACAGUUUGGUUUCUGGUGAUUUUAACAGAGCCAAUCAAGCUAUCAGAAUGCCAGCAAUAAAUCCUGCCGUCACCAUGCAACAGAACAUGGGAUCAUCACAAGGCAUCAUGUCAACAUCCAUUCAAUCAUCACAGCAUGGUAACCAGCAGUCUGGUUCCCAACAACCAAUCCAGCCUGGAUUAGACCCUGGUAACCUUCCCAUUAUACCAAAUCCUCCAAUACAAGGACAGAACAAAGACAGGAAAAUCAUAUGGUCAGGCAUGCUUGAAUAUCAGGAGAAGAUUAAAUCCAAUGGUCCAACUCAGCCUAAAAUGGCUCGUCAGCUACAGUGUCAACUCUCAAUAGGGGCUGCAGACCCAGAAAUCAUUACAACAAACUGGCCAAAGGAACUGAUUAUGCAGUUGAUACCACAGUCAUUACUUAGCUCUCCACAGUUACAGCCAUUGUUUAAAAGUUCUCGCCAAGUGGCGUUUCACUUCGGUAACCACAAUGUAGACUCAUUAAGGAAUCUCCACAGAACAAUGGGUUCUGGUUUUGCUGGUUGUGUUCAUUUCCCUCCUGGUACCCAGUGUGAUGUACGAGUAUUACUCCUCCUGUUUAGUAACAAGAGGAAGGCCUUUAUAGGACUGAUCCCUAAUGAUCAGAAAGCAUUUGUUGAUGGUAUAAGAAAUGUGAUAUUUACUCAUAAACUGAAGCAAGCACAGGCUCAGCAGCAGGCAGGAGGAAGCCCACAGCAAUUUGCACAACCUCAAGGUGGUUUACAAAUGGGACAAGGCAUGGCAAAUUCCCCACAGAUGCAGCAACCUGGAGCAACUAAUACAAUGGCAUCUACUGGCAUGGUUACACAGACUUCAAAUAUGAUUCCACAGGCUGGGAACAUGCAACAACUUCAACAACAGGCAAUGCAGCAAAAGCUCCAGCAAGCAAAGUUACAAGAACAACAGAAACAACAACAGUUGCUAGAUGAGAUAUAUUUUGGUCCACCGCCAAAUAUGUAUAGUGCACAACAAAGACUUCAUCAACAAAGAUUACAGCUUCAGCAGCAGCAGCAACAACAGCAACAAGCAAAUCAACAACAAGUCAGUAAUCAUCAACUUCAACAACUUUUGCUUAGUCAACAGCAACAAGGCCAACAGAUUCGACAGCCACAGAUGAUGAUGCAGCAACAGCUUCGAGGACCCAAUCCUCAGGGACAACAGAAUGUGAUGGGAGGGGGACAACAGAUGAUGCCUAAUACAAUGCAGAUGUCUCAGCAAGGACAGGUCAUGGGUCAAGGUCAAUCAAAUAUAUUAGACAGUUUCGAUUUCAAUGAUAUAAUGUAGAGACUUGUUUUCUGUUAUUAUGGAAGAAGAAAAUAUUCAGAAUGAGAUUACAUAUCUUGUUGAGUAGAAGUGCAAUUUGACAUUUUUCACAAAAGAUUUUAUAAUGACCAAGAAAAUAAAUGUUUUGUCAUUUUACAGAUUUGUGCAGGUAUUUAAUAUUUAUUUGUAUGACAUUUUUAUCAGAUAUCAAGUAUUGCCUUAGAACAACAAUGCUUUAUUAAUUAGUGAUAUUGUUAUAGGUGAUCUGUAAAAUUAUCUGGAUGACAUUUUCUAGAUAUACCAGAUAAUUGGUCUUGUAGCUCUUUUCAGAAAAAAUAUGAGAUGAAAAAAGACUUGGUAUGAUAUAACUUACAUUUAAUAUAAAUGAUGUAAUUUUUUUGUGAAAAGAUGCUGCAUCUCCAAAGGGGAAGCAGAACGAUGAGUUGUAAUACAAUAUAAAGCCAAAGAAAAGUCACCAGUUAUUAAUUUAUAGUUUUGCCUGACAGCCAAGCUGUUACCCUAUAUAGGGAUCACUUCUGUUGUCAUGUUUCAUUGUCUUGUUUCACACUUUAUUUCAAUCAUCAACAACUUGAAAAUGGCUUGACAGAAUUCUACCAAACUUGCAAGAAUUUUCUACAGGACAUAACAUAAUGUUGUGUACCAGCUAUUUUAAUUUUUGAUUUGAAUGAUUUUUGUGGUUUUCGUGGCGACAUUGAAGACCAUUUCUACUAAUAUUAUAUGGAGACACAUGUGUUCUUUGAAGGACCUGCACAUUUUAUUGUAAAUAUAUUUUCAUGAAAAUUUUUGACCCUACCAUUCUUGUGAUAUGGUCUGGAUGUAAUAAUACAAUGGACAUGCAAUGUUUAUUCAAGGAUGAAAUGGAAUUUUUUACUUAUACUUUCUGUGUUAAAUUAAAGGACCAAAAAUUAAAAUUGUCUCUAUUAAAAAGAAUACGACUGAAUUCUAAUUCAUAUUCCUGUCCUUUUUUAUCAUUCAUAGAUUGUUAUUAAUCCUAUGUUGUAUUUUCCAAAAGUGCUGAAACAAUUCCAAACAUUCUGUUAAAAUAUGCUGAACUAUUUAUUAUUAUUUAUUAUUUUGUAACACCUUUCAUAAGAAUUGUACAUUUUUAUUAUAGCUCAUUACAGACAAAAAUCAUUGUUUAAUCAUAUUCAUCUCAUUUUUAAUCAUUAUUACAAGGAAUUGUGUAUGUUUAAACAUUUCCUCCAUAUUUUAUCUUGCCACAGUUACUGACAUUUAUUUUGUACACCCACCUUGUUCUUAAAAAGAUUGCAAUAUUUGUUUACAAAUGUAGAUUAAGUUAUGAUGCACAUAAAGUGCAAGUAUUCAAGAUAAUGUUGUCUUAUUAGAUAAUCAUAUGAUCAAUGAUUUAAUUUGUCAGUUCAUAUGUCAACUCUGUAUUUUGUCAGUUUACAUUGUCAACUCUGUAUUUUGUCAGUUUACAUUGUCAACUCUGUAUUUUGUCAGUUUACAUUGUCAACUCUGUAUUUUGUCAGUAUACAUUGUCAACACUGUGUUGUUUCAGCUGACAUUGUUAAAACAGUAUUUUUUCAGUUGACAAGAGUACACACAGUACAUUUUGUAUACAUUUGUACAUGUUAUUUAUGUCAUCUCAUGCAGUUGUUUUAUAUUGUUGAUUGCUAUAUUUGUUAAAGUGCUUUAAAUUAAACUUGUUGUACAUUUGAACAAUUAAAUUUGUUAGCUUUUAUUUCUGAA